ACUAAAAACUGACAAGUUCAAGCAAAAGCGUAGAAAAAUAUUAUAUAUAAAAAUUGUAAUAGGUCGGCACAUAAACAGAAGCGUUCUAUAAUUGGCUUUUCUUGGUCUUGAUAAAAUAAAUAGGCCGGUGGUAUUUCGCACGAAUAGAAAAAACGUCUAAAUUUGUAGUGUCUAUUUUUGAAGUUUUUUAAUGUCAACCACUGGCGACAAUUGGAACAAGCCCACUAGGCAAGAUACGAAAAUGGGCUUUCUGCUGACCAAAACGCAGUUGUCCGCCUGGUCGUCGGCAUUUUUUGAAUCUCCGCAAAAUCGGCUGGCUCAGAAUCUUUGCACCGCUCGAAAUCCGAUCAACGUGUGUCUACGAUCUGAGGCGGACUUAAACUCCGAAGUUUCCGGAAAAAAAACUUGGCACGAGGUUGAUAACAAGGAAAAGCCCACCACAGAUGGUCCGGGAUGGAUUUGCACGGGCUUGGACCUCCUGCGUCAGGGAAUGGAUAAGAAGCUGCCACUUCCGACGGACUUCGAACUCUCCGCAGCCCAUUUACUCUUCUGGCACAAGCUGGAAAGAUGCAACUACUUCCUGUGGACAGUGGCCGACCUUCUAAAACAAUGUGAGCCGCUCGAUGGACGCCGCUUUCGGCACUUGAUGAAGAACGCUAUUCCAGAUGGCGGCAACUGGCAGAUGUUCGUUAACCUGGUCAAGAAGUACGGCGUGAUGCCCAAAAAAUGUUAUCUAUCCAAUCAGCGGACCCUUAAACUAAAUCAGAUUUUGAGGAGUAAGCUUCGUGAAUAUGCCAGCGCUUUGCACGCUCAGUUCACAUUUGAUGGAAAUGGCAACCGACUGCCCGAACUCAUUGAAGACAUGAUGCCUCGUUUUUUCCGCGUGCUGAGCAUUUGCCUUGGGGAACCACCGGAAGUUUUCGAUUGGACAUUUUAUGACCACAAAAAGCGCCACCAGUCUCUAAUCAACUUGAAUUCGGUACACUUUUACGAGGUGAUGGUGGCCAGUUCCUUCAAUCUGGAUGCCUUCGUUUGCCUCGGUCACGAUCCUCGAAUGUCCUCGAGUUCACAGACCAACUACACAAUCGCCCACAGCUCCAAUAUGAUAGAUGGUGAGCCGCACAGGUAUAACAACCAAUCAAUGGACGUCCUAAUGCAGAUCAUAAAGGACUCCCUGGUUGGCGGAAUGCCUGUUUGGUUGGGCUGCGAUCUUUCCAGUAGACUCAAUGCCCAAUCCGGGCCCUUAAGCCUAAGAUCCCAUAGAUUUGACCUUGUAUUCGGCUGUCAAGUGGGCCAGUCCCUUACAAAAGCGGAGAGGCUCCUCUACAAAGAUUCCCGUAGGGAUUCAGCUCUACUGCUCACAUCUGUUGCACUGGAUUCAAUGAAUCAGCCGGUGCAAUUCCGCACCAUCAGUGAUUCGACUGUGGACGAAAGUCCAUCAACUGGGAGCCUUAAAGAGGAAGACGAACCUAAAAAAGAGAAAGGACUGAAGAAAAAGGCGAUAAAAAGGAAGGGCAUUUUUAUGGAAGCAGACUGGUUAAGAGAAUACGCCUUCGAAAUUGUGGUUCACGAGAAAUUUGUACCACCAGGGGUUUUACAUGCUAGCAGAAUCCCCAAAUCCAAGGAGCUGCCCGCUUGGGAUCCAAUGGGCGCCUUGCUUAAAUAGCUUCGAUUGCUUUUUAUUGUCAUUGGCACUUAUUAAAAAUACAAAACAAUUUCUGGUACUUAUAAGAAAAACA